GGGGGAGUCAGGAUAACGUGACUUAAAUCGUGUCACGAAGUGGGUCGAGUUUGGGUCACGCGCCUUAUCUUAAUGAGGUCGGCGAUGUUUACAAAAAUUCAUGUUUGAAAACCUAAUAGAUCGUGCAGAAUAUGCGAUCAGAAAUGACCAUCAGGAUAAUGCAUAGUCCAUCUCUUUUACUGCUGAUUAUAAUGCAUAUCAUUUCUGGAGCUGUGACAAGUGCAUCAUUAAGACCUCACAUUAUCCUCAUUGUUGCUGAUGAUCUGGGCUACAAUGAUGUCAGCUUCCAUGGCUCAGAUCAGAUCCCUACACCAAAUAUUGACAGACUAGCAUACACGGGUGUUCUGCUAAAUAACUACUAUGUAUCCCCCAUCUGCACUCCAACUCGCAGCGCCCUCAUGACUGGCCGACACCCUAUUCAUACAGGCAUGCAAACAGGUGUGAUAUUUGGAGACCAGCCAUAUGGUCUGCCCCUCACAGAGAAGUUGAUGCCACAGUUCUUAAACCAACUGGGCUACAGUUCACACAUUGUAGGCAAGUGGCACCUGGGUAUGUUUGCAAAGGAGUACACUCCACUUUACAGAGGGUUUGCGUCUCACUUUGGUUACUACCAAGGCAGAGAAGAUUAUUAUGAUCACACAUAUGAAGCUAAUCUGGAUCAGUGGGGCCUAGACUUCCGUCGCGACAUGCAAGUUCUGUAUAACUACACAGGCCUAUACUCAACAGAUCUUUUCACACAGGAGGCAGUCAGCAUCAUCAACAGACACAAUAAAUCUGAGCCCCUUUUCUUAUAUCUGCCUUACCAAUCAGUUCACAGUGGAAAUGCUGACAGCCCUAAUCCUCUGCAGGCACCACAAGCGUAUAUCAAUCGCUUUCCAUAUAUUGAAAACAUGCAGCGCAGAAUUUAUGCAGCCAUGGUGUCAGCACUUGAUGACGCAGUCGGAGAAGUGUAUAACACUUUGGAGGCCAACAAUAUGCUGAAUAACUCGAUCAUUAUCUUCACUACUGACAAUGGGGGACCUGCUAAUGGCUUUGACAACAAUGCUGCCAACAACUUUCCCCUCAGGGGUGUGAAGACUACCUUGUGGGAAGGCGGUGUUCGGGGUGUGGGAUUAAUUCACAGCCCCCUUUUGCAAACAUCAGGGUAUGUUGCUCAGCAGUUGCUGCAUGUGUGUGACUGGUUGCCUACAUUGUAUGAGGCUGCUGGAGGAAAUGUCUCCCAUAUGGCAAAUUUGGAUGGAAUCAGCGCAUGGAAGAUGUUAAAUACAAAUGGAGCUGCUGUGCGGUCAGAAAUCCUUCACAACAUUGAUCCAGUAGGAAAAUUUGCAGGCAUUAGAGUAGGAGAUUACAAGCUGGUAACCGGUGACAUUGGACAUGGUUAUAAUGACUGGUAUCCACCAUGGCAAGUAAAAGGUGAUGAACAUGACCUUCAUGUCAAGAUAUUCCAAUCUGAUAUGCAUGCAGGUUCUAUAGCUCCAACUGAAAGAUCUCUGAAGAGUCUCUCGUACAGUAACCUUGAAGCCAUGAAUACGAUGUCUGUAGUCAGAAUGCAGCAGAAACCAGAUGAACAGCAGCGAGUCAUGGGGUAUAAUCCUGUGCAAGUGGAAUGUGGGCCCAGACCAGUUAACACCAGUUCCAACUGUCAGCCUUCUGUCUCACCUUGUUUGUUUCACAUUCCAUCUGACCCAUGUGAAUACAACAACCUUGCCAGCACAGAACCAUCUAUUGUGGCUCAGCUUUAUCAGCGUUUGUUGGAAUAUUCUUAUGGCAUGGUGCCCCCAGCUAACCAGCCUGCUGACCCCCAGGGCAAUCCCCGGCUCCACAAUGGUACCUGGGUUCCCUGGGUCAUAAUUUGAAUUGUGCUUUAUUUAAUUUGGCACUGACAUCAGCAUUAGUGGAAUGUUACAGGAGUUUUUACACUUGAGAGCAAUUUUUUGAGGAAAAUCAUGACGUUACAUGAAAAAUUGUUUUACUAAAUUAUUUUUAUGUACUGCAACUGCCCAUCUUAUUCAGAUUACCAGGAUUGUAGGGAUUUGUUUUUGUUUUUUGUUAUUUUACAUUUGUGAUAUUUUCUAUUGUGUACAUUUGUUAACUAUUUGCUGUAGACUUAAGUUAAUAACUUUUAAAAUCAAGCAAUAUAUAUGUUGCUAAAAGUCACAAUAUGAAGCUUUUUUGAUGACUGGACCUUAGAAAAUCACAUUUUACAUGUCUUUGGAGAAAUACAGCAACUCAUGACAUCUUUAGCUUGUCCUGAUCAUUUGAUUGUAUUUAUGGAGGAGUUCUUGUGGAAGAGGUUUAUAGAACUUGUAAGCAAGUUUUUGGAAAAAAAUAAACAAGUGAAUAUUUAAACAGU